ACCUGACAAUGACUGGACAUGCAGCUCCCACCCUGUGUGUGUACAGGGUGUGUAAAUCAGAGCAGCUGGAGUCAGGGUUACAAUCUGCUGAUCAGUGAAUAUAUUGUGUAUGUGUUUAUAGAUGUAGUUUGUGUACAGCUGGAGGGGUUCCCUCUUGCCAAUGUUAGGAUUAAAAAUAUAUUAAGGCAACCUCAGGAGCUUGGACUUAAAAACAAAAGAAAAAGGUAAAGGGGAAAAAGAAUACUUCACCAUACAGGGAAGCUGAUGUUUUGUCUUGAAAAGUUUACCACUUCUAAAGUUAACUUCUAAGAAACUGCAGAUGCCUGGAUAAAACGUGUCUUGGACAACAUGCAUCAGCCCAUAUUUUUCUAUCAGCAUCUCCUACUUGUUGCUUACCUCUCUUGGAUUUCCUUGUUGAAUCUUUACAUUGAGUCAGCUUCAUUAGCUCCUGAAUGCUCUCCAGAUGGACACCAGAUCCUCCACAAUCCCUAUCGAAGCACUGAUUUUGAUUCACUGGAAUUACAGCAAACAGCAAUCCAAGACCUGGUUUGUGACCACUCAUUGCCCCAAGGAUGGUAUCGUUUUAUGAUCAACAACAGACCUGCAGAAAUGCCAACAAAAUGUAUAGAAAUGAAUAAAUGUGGAACACAAGCUCCAGUUUGGCUUUCCCUGCAAUCAGAAACCCUCCCUCUUCCUGGUGAAAGAAAGCAGCUCAUGGCCUGUGCUACGUGGCAAUUCUUCUUUGGGAGCACCAAAGACUGCUGCCUGUUCCGAAUACCUAUUUCAGUUAGAAACUGCGGUGGAUUCUUUGUUUAUCUUUUGCAGCCCACUCAGGGAUGCAUGGGUUAUUGUGCAGAAGAGUUAAAACCAAAGGUCUGUGCUCCUGGGGAAUCUGAAGGUGAAGGAAUUUGCCAGGGAAAAUUCCCAACCCUGAUUUUGCAACCAGUGAUUACUGCUGAGCUUGUGAGAGGCAAUGUCCAUCUCAAAUGUGCUUACAGCCAUUCUUCCUCAACUCAGCCUUUGCACUAUGUGGUGGUCUGGUCACGCCAUUCCGCAUCCAGCAUGAAAGAACAGAUCCAUCGUGACACAACUCUGCAGACAUUCUCCUAUGUAGAGAUGGAUGGAGUUAAUUUCAGAUUGGGAGUAACGGUCUUUUGCACUGUUACUGCUUUUAUGAAGGACCCACCUGAUCAGCAGUCAUUGUCUGAAGAGAGCAUUGGAUUUUAUAUUGGGAUUAAGUUUGUACCACAAUCAUUACAAAUUGCAGAAGAUGGCAAAGAGCAUGUUUUGACCAUCCUAAGCACCAUACCCAUUACUUGCCAAGAUCAAGGUGGCAUCUGUAAAAUUACUUUACAACUGAGUACUGAAGAUUCUGAUAGUCUCGCCCAGGGACCCCCAAACAUAGCCCUUUCAACAUGCCAGGUGGAUCUGCAGCAGAUGCCCUGUACAGAAGGCAGCUGUGCAAGAGCCUCACUCACUGUGACAGCGGUGACAGACUUUGCCCAGGAUGGAAACCGCGUCAGUUAUAUCAGAGCCGAGCCAGUCAAAAGCAGUGAUCUCUUCUGGAGGGCUUACACACCAAAGGAUGUAAAGGUCACAGUUCAAGACCUCCCAACAGGGAACUGCUACUCUUUCACUGAUCCACAUGUUACCACAUUUGAUGGACGGCGUUAUGAUAAUUAUAAAAUUGGAACCUUCAUUUUGUCCAAGAGCCUGGCCCGUGUGUUUGAGGUACAUGUCCGUCAGUGGGACUGCGGAAGUCACCAUCAUGCUGUUGCCUGCAACUGCGGCGUAGCUGCGCGGGAAGCUAAUGACAUCGUUGUCCUGGAUAUGUGUAAUGGUCAGUUUCACGAAACCAGACCUCAGCUAUCCAUUAAAAGCACUGAAGCAUCGCCACGCGUCAAAAUCCUGAAGUCGUAUGGAGAGAGAAAAAUUACUAUCAUGUUCCCCUCAGGAGCAUUUGUUCGAGCUGAUGUAAGUGAGUGGGGAAUGAGUUUGACAGUGAGGGCACCAAGCAUCGAUUUUAACAGCACCAGAGGUUUGUGUGGCAUCUUUGACAGGAACCGUCAUAAUGACUUCCAUAAUGCCAGUGGGAGUCCUUUACUAUCACAACAGAGAAACACGCCUGAGGAAGACUUCAUAGAAGAGUGGAGAAUACCCCCAGGGAAGAGUUUAUUUGACAGGACUCCAGCACCUUCUGAAGUAGAGAAAAGGAAAAAUUACUGCAGGUGUCCGAAGGCAUCCACCGCAUCCCUGCACUUGGUAAACACGCUGAAUACCUUCCAGAAUUCUUUCCCUCAAUCUCUGCGCUGCCAUUACGAUAAUGUGGAUUAUACUUCUGCAAUCCCAUAUCUAGAUGUUACAUCUGAAUUUGUCACUCACCCAGAAAUAGAAUCUACUUUAAGAAGUGAUGGGAAAUUGUUGGCCAAGUAUUUUGAUCCAAGAUAUCUGCCUACAUCAGUCAAAAAGCGAGAUAGCCCUGAGGGCAGAUUAAAACAAUACGCACAAAAAGUUUCCUUCAAAACCCCCCAAAUCAAUAGCUUUGUUAACUCCACUAAGCCAAAGGAAGUGCUAGAGAGAGCAAAAAGGGAAGAAGACUAUUCUGAAUACUCACCUUUUUAUCCAUUUCAAAGCCUGAGUCAAACAGACUCAGAAAGCUUUGCAUAUUUUUUUCCAGAGGAUUACUUUGAAGGGAUUCAGCCAAAAAUCCAGGCAGUGUGGCCUACUCCCAGUGGCCUAACCUCAACUAAAGCCUUGGAGAUCUGUCAGCAGGUUCUUGCUAAUUCUACUAUUGGCUUGGUGUGUAAUGACUUACUGGGAACACAGCUGGAUGAGGCAAUUGAUAUGUGCCUUUUAGAUUUACAACUCAAGGAUGACCUGGCAUGGGAAGGUGCAAUGAUAGCAUUUUUGGAAAAUGUGUGUGAAAGAAGAGUGCUAGAAAACAGAAGCAAGCUGCCGCACGCAGAAAAUGGGAUGCCUGCUAUCCAGGAAGAAAUCCUCAGAGCUCUGAGGUGUCCUAGUUUCUGCAAUGGGAAUGGACAGUGCACUGAAUGGGGAUGCCAGUGCUUUGAAGACCACAUUUCCUAUGACUGUAGCAUUGCCAAAAAUCACGCUUUAGAAAUCACAGACUUAGAGAACAGGGGACUCUGCGAUAUACGAAUUUCUGAUUGCAGCAGGAUCCGGGUGUUUGGCCUUGGCUUCAGAGAUUCUCCUCAUCUACACUGUGAGGUCACCAGAUUGACUCAUCUCAACGGUGAAUGGAUAUCAAGAGAACAAGAAAUCACAAGAGCAGAUUUUCUCAGCUCUAAAGCCGUUGACUGCCAGAUUCCUGUAUUGAACAGCACAGAAACAGAGAAUAUGCACUUCAUGGCUGAUGAUGAACCAUUUGCAAGAUGGCAAGUGAAAAUUACUAAUGAUGGCUUCCAGUACAGUAAUUCCAAAGUUCUGACCCUGUACGAUGCAGUCUGCCAGGUCUGUGAAUUUCAUCCAACUGGACUUUGUAAAUUAAAGGAAGAUACUUGUAAUAUUGAUGGACUUUGCUAUGGUGAAGGAGAUUCAAGCCCCACAAGCCCGUGCCUUCUUUGUGAACCUGACAUUUCUAAAUUCAUCUGGUCUAUUAAUGAAAACAACCUGCCUCCUGUGUUCCAAGCCCCUUCCAGCCAGCUGCUGACAUUUAUUGGUGAGAAUUUUGUUUACCAGUUAAUAGCAGCAGAUCCUGAGGGGUCAGCUGUGCUAUUCAUCUUAGAGGCUGGGCCACAGGAUGCCACACUCUCUCCUGCUGGCCUCCUCAUCUGGAAAGUCGAUUCGGAAGCAAAGCAGACGUUUGUGUUCGCUGUGUCAGAUGAAUGCAAUGCACAGAGCAGAUACUCUGUUGAGGUUUUAGUAAAGCCUUGCAGCUGCAUGCAUGGUGGAACAUGCGUUACCAAUAUUAACUUCCCUCCAGGACUUGGUGAAUACCUCUGUAUAUGUCCAAAUGGAUUUGAUGGGGAACUUUGCCAGGAAAAUAUCAUUGACUGCAAAUCAAACCCAUGUGGAAGUGGCACAUGUGUUGACAGUGUGGACAGCUACAUUUGUAAAUGCCCAGCUGGUUUGGAAGGGCUUACUUGUCAGGAAGACAGGAAUGAAUGUGAAGAGAACCUUUGUUUUCCUGGAGUGCCUUGCAUAAACACUUUUGGGUCUUAUAUGUGUGGAAUUUGCCCCAGUGGGAUGGAAGGGGAUGGUCAAUCUUGCAGAUCUGAGGCCACUGCUGACGUUACAGAAGAUUUCAUCACUGAGAAUAAUAAAGCUUCAGGUAGACUGAACAAGACAGAGGAGGAAAGACCAACACAACCCAUAGACACAAAGAAGAUUCCUGCAAUUAAGAACAUUAACGUUAGUGGCAUACAAGGUCACACAGCACCUCUGCCACCUAUUACUACAUGUACUAAUAGGCCAUGUUUCCCUGGAGUCAUAUGUAUUGAUCGUAAACCUCCUUAUAUUGGGUAUAUUUGUGGCCGGUGCCCAACAGGCUUUUUCGGAAAUGGCAGAAUCUGUAUAAAAGCCCAACAACCAGCCCUAGUACAAAGAUCUGCCCAAAAUCACAUGGAUACUGCUGAGAUAGGUAAUGAAGACGCUAAAGACUCCCACCAAGGAAGAACAGCAAUGACAUCAUUUUCCCAAACUCUUCUAGCAAGACACCCUACAGUCUUUGGUAUUCAAUCACUUACUAUAAAAAAGACAGCUUCCCCACCUCAGACUUCAGCAGCAACAAAAUCUGAUCUAGAUUCCAUGCCAUCUGAGAAAGCAUCAUCCUUGGAUAAAGGGACAAUAGAAAUGAAUGCACACAACUUACUUCUGCACCAAGAGCCUGAUGACAAAGCAGCAAUGGUCAGAAUGACAACCGGGAUCUCUCCUGACUAUAAUCUGUACCUUAGAUCACACACAGCAGGGAGUGUUUCCCCUCACCAUGACAUGAGUGCAAGUCCAUUAGUUUCAAGCCCGUAUGCUGUUCAACAGACCCACACAAAAUCUAACUUUUCUUCGAGAAAUUGGUCUAGUAGGAUUGCAACAACAAAGACCAAGCCACCGCAUGAUUUUCGAACAGAAAAGCCAAGAGCAUCUGCUUUGACCGCCCUGCUGACUUCUUCAUUCCGUUUGAUCGCUUCUUUUUCUGAUACAGCUCCCCGAAGUGCUAGCCUCCCAGUAAGGCCUUCUGUUCAAGCAAGAAUUCCAGCACAGACCAUUGCAAUCAGAAAGCCAGAUGCCUUCGCAGCGAACCAUUUGGCACUAUCAAAACCCAUUACUGGUCUACUGCAUCAGGACAAGAAAAUCACUUGUGCCAACAUGCCAUGCUUUGCAGGAGUGCAGUGUGAGCCAGCUAAAGAUGGAAGAUUUAAAUGUGGGCCUUGUCCAUUUGGAUACAGCGGGGAUGGAAUUACAUGUCAAAUGUUGUGUGAUCCACCUUGUGAUCAUGGAGGAACGUGUGUGGCUGAAAAUACCUGUUCUUGUGCUUAUGGAUUUGUUGGUCCAAGAUGUGAAAUAAUGGUGUGUAACAGGCACUGUCACAAUGGUGGAAAGUGUGUGUCACCAGAUGAGUGCAAGUGCAAAAAUGGAUGGAGUAGCCCCUCUUGUGAAACAGCAGUGUGUAUUCCUGAUUGCCUAAAUGGAGGCAGCUGUGUACGUCCAAAUAUGUGCGUUUGUCCUUCUGGUUUCUAUGGUCCCCAGUGCCAAACGGCUCUUUGCAACCCUCCUUGUAAGAAUGGUGGAUACUGUAUACGAAACAAUGUGUGUUCCUGUACUAAAGGUUAUAUAGGAAGAAGAUGUCAGAAAAGUGUCUGCGAUCCCAUGUGCAUGAAUGGAGGGAAGUGUGUAAGUCCAGAUGUCUGUGACUGUCCAUCUGGUUGGAGAGGCAAGAGAUGUCAUAAACCUGCGUGUCUGGAGAAGUGUCUGAAUGGUGGAGAAUGUAUAGGUCCAAACAUCUGUGAGUGCACUGAAGGCUGGACAGGACUGCUAUGCCAGACUCCUCAGUACCUUAUUGAUUUCAAGGACACUUCUUCACUACAAGUAGAAGAGGCAAAGGAGGGCCCUCAAUUACUUAAAAGGAUGACAUCAACGUGUUUGGCUUGUUUGUUUCAAAAGAAGAGAACCGACCAUAUCGCCACAAUUAUAUAUAAAAAAGACAGUGUACAUGCCUCUUUGGCCCUUUACUGUGCCAGCAAAAUAAAGUGAAAAAAGAAGGAGCUAGACACCAGAAAAAAACAACUAUUCUGUUCUCCCCGUCCAAGUGGAAUGAUGUGACAACAGAACAUGCAUUUUAAAACUAGAUUUUAGAAGUUAUGUUUUAAUAACCUCUUGACUCCAAGCAUCGCACAUUCAGAGUGCUCAUGAGAUGGGGGGAGUUUCCAGAUGUGAUGGGAUUGCAGCAUUUGGCAGGGAAGAACACUGUUAUUUUAGCUAGUGUGUCUUUCCAACUCAUGCAUGUUGCUAACACUACUGUAGAAGGACAGUAUACAUUUGAGGGUCUAAGUAAAAAAUCAGCACAUUGUCCCCUUUAAAGGUCACUCCUUCUCUCGCAGUGCUUAAUUAAGUAUUCUUUCUGUUCCAGUCAAGACCCAGCAGUUUUAUAACUACUGCUUUGUUCCAAAUGUAUAUUGGUUCUUUUUUUUUUUUUUUAAUUGUUAUUAUUUGAUGACACAUUUCUGGUCUAGCUCAUUAGAUAUAUAAAUAAAGCCAGUUCCUCACUGUGAGAGACUAACAAGACUCAAUAUUUUUUUAGCAGUUUCUGCUGUUUUACAACAGACAUACAAGUUGAACAGCCGAGGCAAUUUCUUUCCCUUUAUUUAAUCAGGCCCUUUGAAAACAGUUCCAAAUCAGUAUACCUGACUUUCACUCUGCUUUUACUAUUUUUUCCCAGUGUUUUCAAUGAGAUGGACAAUUUAAUCAGCUUUUUGUCCAAAAAUUGCUGGCACUUUGCUUCCAGGUCUCAGAGCAAAUUUAAAUGAUGAUCAUUAAGAAUAUGGAAUUUUGCUCUUUAAAAAAAAAAGCAGACUAUUUUGGGAGAGUAGAUGCUUGGGUCUUAGAGGCUAGGUACAGACAUUCAAAAACAGGAGGCAAAAAUCAAGCUAAAUUAUGCAGUUUUCUGUAAAUGACAUUGUUUAGAUAGGUAGCAAACAGAACACACAUUCACUCUUUGGUGGGUGGAGGGCUGGGGUGGUGGUGGGGGAAAUCUUAAACCCAGUUCUGCCAUUUUUAAACCAAUCUGUGUGCGCCAAACUUCUGUUCUGUUAUGGGCAUAACUUACCCAUAUCAGUGAUACCCUGAUCACUUAUACCGGUAAACCUGUAAUGUCUGUACCUGAUCAUACUGUUGCUCUAGGGUGUUCAGUAGUGCAUCAGGGAUAAGGCAGUGGAACCAGAAAAUCAUCUCUCUCUCAGAUGUUAGGUAUAAAAAGCUUUUUUUCCACUAAAGUGAAACCCAGUAAAAGCAGGCUGGAUUUCUGUGUUGUGAAUACAGGAAUACAUUCACGAAUAUCCAGGAUUCUAUACAAAAAAAAUACACACAUGAACAUGACAAGCUUGCCUGAGUGCCCACAGAAAUGUCCACCUCCAUAGCUGCUGGCACUGCCAAAUUGCUAAUGGUAAUGUCAAGAACUGGAACUAAACACUGGUUACCACUCUACACUAUGUUAUUACACUGGUAUUACUCUGGCCCUUUUCCUAUCACCAGGUAGCCAUGCAUACUAUGGGCCAAAUUGAAGCACUGCACAACUUUCGAAACCGCUGGAAUCGUAUCAAGGAUGCAUUUGGCUCCUCAGUUCAAAGCUGCUUUGUUCAAGCCUUUCAGAAUUUAAACCUACAAGCUUUCUAAAUAUUCUGCUUAGCAUUUGGACUGCUUGCCCUUUUUCUAGUCAUACAAGCACAGCCAUAUUCUCAAUAUUUUCUCUAUUCUCAAUUAAAGGAAAAAGAAAAAGAAGAGCACUCUCCAUGAAAAUCCCACCCCAGGUUCCCGAGCAGAUGUAGGGGAUGGGGAGCGGGAAGGCUAACAGCACAUCAUGGUCAAAGGCACAAAAGUCAGCUAACAGACCUAAAAUAAUUGCUGCGGUUACCUGACUGAACUCCCCCUCCAGAGAGAGAUUAACACGAUCAGUGCAGUCUCACCCAAGGCUAAAGCCAAACUGAAUGUUCAGAAAGACGUUUUGGAAUGUAAAUGUAUCUAGAGAUGCCAUGUCAUGGGCUUCUCAGUCUUCCCUAAAACUCGAAAAUAUAAAGUGUGGAGUUUACCAGCUUUGGAGACCUGGCAAUUAAUUUCAAUAAUUAAAAACUUUAAUAAUGGCUCCAAACCAGCUUUGCUAGGUUUCACUUGAAAAGAGGAACAUGGAUAUAUAUCAUAGCAUUUCAUCAAGCAACGCCAGCUGAAACACAACCAAAGAACAAUCUCAGUGCUGCUGCAACGACAAUUAGCUCAGUCUAAAUGUGAGUGAUUUUAUCUGCUUCAUAUAUUGAAAAUACUUCAACAGAGAGGAAUACCUCAUGCUGCAACCAGCUGUAAAUGUAACAGAUUAAUCGGUUUAUACAUCAUGAAACAGUUCUGCUGAUUAGUACUGUAAGGUUGUUAUGAUACAAGCAAAAAAGAAGUAUUUCACUUCUUGUGCAACCAUGGCACUGAAUUUAGAAAUGUUUUAUGGUAUAAUCAGACCACUGCACCCACCAUCUUCUCUUCAGUUUUACUAGUUACUGAGUAUCAGUAUAUUACAGAAUUUAUCAAGGAUAAAGCUUGGAAAGAGAAUCCUGUGUUUCAAUAGCAAUGGAUGAAAUGCAGUGAUACAGUGCUCCUGUUCUAUUAGGCUUUAAAUAAAAAGGUCAGUCAACAAAGUAGUGUUCUUCCCCAGUCAUCUGUAGCUGAAUAGAAUAGCUGCUGAGAGAAGAUCGAUAAAAGAAGUCAUUUACAACAAAUAAGGUGCAUAGAUAUCUAUAAUCUUGAUGGUAUUAAGGAUUAAUGGUUGCAUUUCAAACCUUAUUGCAGGCCUAGGGAAAUUACCUUUCAGAAAGUCAAGUUGAAAGAUAAGUUGUUUCAAGUGUUCAGAAUGACCUAACCACAGAAACAUUAGUAGCAGCUUCAUAGUUAAGGCUAAAAAUACAUGUCCAUGCUAAAUCCAUAAGCAUUUUCUACCUGGCACUCUUUUUUAAUAACCAAAAGUGCUCUAAAAGUUCUAUAUUCUGAAUUAUUCGACCAUCACAUCUGGCCAUUUUAGCUUUCUACCAAUUAUUUAGAUUUGAGGCCCCUUGUAAGCACUUUCUGGCUGCCUCUAGCCUCCUCUUUUGUGAGCUCACACAGACACCUCCCUCCCUCUUUUUAGGUACUGGGAAGGAUCACUAAAUCAAAACAAUGAAGGUCCAGUCCUACCAUCUGAUUCACAUUGGCAAAUUUAUGCCAAAUCAGAGCACCAGUGAAGCCAAAGGGUUUUUCUAUAGGCACAGGAGCCUGCGUUCAUAGAUCAGAAAGUAGAAUUAUACCCCGGGCCUAACAAUUAAUUAUAAAGUAUAAGAAAGUUAUAGUCAUGAGAGAUCCUCAGCAUUAAAAUUCAGGCUGUUAUCUGCUUUUCUAAUAUUAUUGAACACAUACUGGCUUCUCAUUUGCCCUUCAGAAUAUCUUCUCUUUAUUUGCAUGUUAUAAGUGUCAAGCUUAUAGCCUUAUAAUUUCCUGAGCAUUCUUGUUCACUCCCUCACUCUGAAUGGUGUCUUAGACAUGCUUGCUUCUAGAUUUUCUGUGUAACCCUUUCAAUCUUUAAAAAGACCCCUCAAAGAUUGUCAUUUGCAUGCAAAUUACAGUUCUGUUCUUUUAACACGUGGGGAUAAAUCCCUUUUUGUACUGAGCAUUUAUUGAUUAUAAUUUUAACAUAAGCUUGGCUUAUUAAAUGACUUUCCUCACUGAGUGUACAGGAUAACACAUACACAGCCUGUGUCAUUUUUAGUGUUUAGUGGCUUAGCAUCCCUUGUAAAUACAUUUAUGAAAUAUUCAUUUGGUCUUCAGUUCUGUUAUUAUCCUCUGCGAUUUCAAUUCCAAUUUUCUUUUGAAAUGUUUUAACUUUUUCCCUAACCACGUGCUUGUCUUUUUGCAGUACCAUGGGGAGUGAAGGGACAUAGUUUGCCCAUUUCAAUAUUACUUUUUAAAUGUUUUUUCUCUUUCAGGCAUUGUCUGAGAAUCAAAGAAAUUAGAGAUGAAGGAAGGUCUGCUAGGCUCUCUGAUCCUCACCACCAUAAAAAACAGCUCCUUGUUCGGUUUGAUUUUACAUCUCCCAAGAAAUAUGGGUGUCCUUCAGGGGUCUGUGCUUGGACCGGUGCUUUUCAACAUCUUUAUCAAUUAUUUGGAUGGGAGAGUGAAAAGCACGCUGGCCAAGUUUGCGGAUGACACCAAAUUAUGGAGCAGCUUAGUCACGUCAGAACAUAGGUUGCAGAUACAGGUGCACCUGGACAGGCUCAAGAGUUAGGCAGACUGGAACCAGAUGAAUUUUAACACUUCCAAGUAUAAGGGGCUCCAUCUGGGGGCAAACAACCCUCAACAUAUAUACAGGCUCACCGGUGACAGCUUGGCUUGCACCAUGGCCAAAAGGGACCUAGGGGUAAUGAUUGACCAUUGUAUGAAUCAUGGGCGACUGAUGCCUUCUGA